AUGGAGGCCAACGAGAAAGAUGCCAUAUCGUGGUAUCAAAAGAAAAUUAGAACCUUCGACCAGCAGAUCCUGGAACAAUCCCUGGAGCAGAGCCAGCUCAAGGGCUUCUUCAAAAGCAGAGCCCGCAAGAUAGGCCAGAUCAAGCCGGACUUCAUGGACAUCGACUUGACGUUCGUCAAAGACCAAGCGGAAAUCCCCUGGACGUCCCUAACCCUGAAGGGGAUCAUCCACGUCGUGUGCUUCCCGCUGUUCAGCGAGUGGUGGAUCCAGGUGACCUCCCUGCGCAUCUUCUUCUGGUUGCUCCUGCUCUACGUCAUGCAGCUGGCCGUCUUCGGCUUGUACCUGCUAAGCCCGGUCCUGAGCCUCAGCGAGGUGAUGACUCCCGUGUGCCUCAUGCUCCUCAUGGGCACCACGCACUCGCAGAUAGUCUACACUCAGAUGGCCGCCGGCCCCCUGGGAAGCGACGCCAUCCAGAGGAGGCAACUGGGCCAGAUGGGCGAGGACGACGCCAGCAGCGAAUGUAAGAGUCACCACUGCUUUGGCAAGGUCGGGGGAGCCGAGUCCUCGGAUUCCGCGUCCCUGCGCAGUGCCGACACUCGAGAGAGGCUCUUCAGCGGCAGCCCGACCAAGAAGGGCGUGGCGGAAAACCUUCCGGGCUGUCUCGGCCUGGGCACGAAGCCCAAACGCUCCCAAGCCGAGAUGAGGAUGUGGCAAGCCAAGGAGAAAGCGAAGAGCUCCGACGAGGAGAAGACGAAGGAGACUUACCGCCUUUUGGGGAAAGGCUUUUCCGACGAGAUCUCCAGCGAAGAUUACGGCGAGGAGCCGCCGGACAAAGAGAGGAGCAUCGAAGGGGCCUCGGGGGACAGCGACUUCGAAGUCAAGAAAGAAAAGGUGUGGCUGUCCUCUUCCAAGCGCGCCAACUCGCCCAUGAAGAAACCGUCCCCUUCCCGGCGGUGUCACGCGGUGGGAGAUUCCGAGACCCUGACGGACUCGGAGCUCGACUCCGCCGGCUUUACGCGGGAGAUCCUCAGAGACGGCGGUUCCCGUUUCAGGAGCGGCAGCAUCAAGCACCUGAAGGCCUCCGCCUUCGACACGGACCCCGAGGACGUCAUGUGGGACGAGCUUUUGCACCACCGGCCGUCAGCCCCGAGAGACAGCAAGGAGGCGAGCGUGAAGGCCCUCUGCCCAGGGGCCAAGCAGGACCUGAAAAGCGAUUUCCAGCCCAACGGGGCGUUCUGUCACCAGAACAAGAGCUCCUCCUCGGAACACGUGAGCGCAAUCAUCUGGGAAGACCGCGAGUGCAAAAAAGUGACUCUGUCCGUCUGGGAACUCAGUUCCAUCAUCAAGAGGAGGGUUAACGCGUAUCAGCAGGGCAAAAACUACUGGAUCCUGGGAAACCUCCUCACCUUGGGGCUGGCGUUUUUCCCCUUCUUACACCGACUCUUCCGCCAGAAGAACCCGUACCAAAUCCUCUCCAUUUCCGCCGAAGAACUUCUGAGCCUGUUUUGCGGGGCGCCCACGUCCGUCUCCGUCAUCCUGCUGGCGACGAUCAAUUUCUUCCAGCGCUUCUGUCUGAUCUGGAUCUUCUUUUUCAUGAUGUGCGUGGCGGAGAGGACGUACCAACAACGGUUCUUGUUCGCCAAGCUCUUCAAUCACAUCACCUCUGCCCGGAAAGCCAAGAAGCACGAGAUCCCCCACUUCCGACUCAGAAAGGUGGAGAACAUCAAGAUAUGGCUGUCGCUGCAUUCUUACUUGAAGAAGCAGAGCCCACAGCAGUCCAUCGACGUGGUCGUGUCCUCCGUGUACCUGCUGACCCUCUCGAUUGCUUUCGUUUGCUGUGCCCAGAUUCUGCAAAACCACAAGGCCUUCCUGGGCCAGACUUACAACUGUGAGUUCCUGAUUUGGGAGACGGUCCUGCUGCUCUUUUUACUGCAUCUCGCCUCGCUGGGGUCCGAAACGAGCAAGAAAAACAGGAACAUUUCAGUGCUGCUCAUGGAGCAAAUCAACUUGUAUUUCAGGAUGGAGAGGAAGCCGCACAAAAAGGAGCAGCUCGUGCUGGUGAACAACAUGCUCAAGCUGUCGACCAAGCUGCUGAAGGAGCUCAACACCCCCCCGAGACUCUACGGCCUGACCACGAAUCCCCUGAUCAACAACAUCACUCAGACGGUCAUCCUGUUGGCCGUCCCAGGGAUCGUGAGUAAUCUGCUGGGCUUUAAUAUACACAUGUGA